AAAAUGACCGCCAGCGAACGUGUCGUCGUCAAAGAGCUCUCCAGCAGUCUUCUCGACAUGAAGUUCAUGCUGAAAAAGAAGAAGCAAAUCGAGACGAAGGCAGCGAAGAAGAAAGAAGCCAAGUUGGAUCAAUUAAUCACCGAAAAAGAGGCAGAAGCGACGUGCUCCACGGAAAUCCUGAAAUCUUCAGAGCCAAAGCUGGAAAUUUGCUAUGAUUACGCAAAAUUGGAGAAUUUAAAGUUCGGACGCCUGUCUUUUGGUGGUUUUAACAAAGAAGUCGAGCUUCUCAUGGAAUAUUACGAAAAACUGCAAAAUGGAAUGCUUUCCGACAGCGAUGACGACGGAAUGGACGUCGACGACGAGGAAAUGGCGAAAUCAUUGGGAGGUCAAAAGCUGGCGGCGCUCGACAAAAAAUCGCAGAGCAAGCGGGAACGACGUCAGCAAAACGAGCGGAAUGAGGAGACAACCGGCGGCCGACGCUUCAACAUCAAAGAUAUCCGAAAACGAUUUGCCGCCGAUGACGUGGCAGAUGCUCCGGAGCGAAAAUUCAUGAAACCCGCCGAGGAUUGCUGAAAAAAUUUCAUUUUUUCCGAUUUUUUUUGUUAAUUUUUGUUGUUUUUCCACUGAAAAUUAUUAUUCAUUUCAUAUACUUAUAUCGAUUU